UAAUAACAAUUCUGCCUUCAGAAGUAGUUACUUUGCUACACCUGCAGUUUGCAGGUGGUGCUUUUGUUUGUUUUUAUUAUCUCAGUGUCUGUUAUGAUUUGUGUUCAUUUUUGUAGACGUUAUUCAGUGUCAUCACAAAACCAUAACAAAAACAUUGUUGAGCAAGGGAGAUUAUUACUAUUAUUUUAUUUGGCUCCUAAAUAGUUGCUGUAAUGUCGUGCUGUCAACAAUCUAAUUAUAAGAUGUCAAAAACACAAAAUGUGAUGUUGAGAGUGACCAUAGUAAUGGGAAUGAUGGUGGCAGUAGUGGCGGUUUUGUACCUUACCCCCUUACCAGAGGGAACAUUUUUGAGCUGUGAUAGACCUUGCCAUGACCUAGAUUGGCCAAUGAUAUGCCGUAUAAAAAUUCAAAUUGAAAAUAGAAGGUCUUGUAAAGAUUGUUCCUUCAAUGACACAUCCUCCGAAGUCAUCACAGUUAAUGGCCAAAGUCCAGGUCCUGCGAUCCAAAUAUGCCAAAACGACAUUUUAGUAGUGGAUGUAGUCAACAAAAUGCCUGGGCAUAGUGUAACAGUGCACUGGCGAGGGCAACCAAACACUGAAGCACCCUUCAUGGACGGUGUUCCUCUAGUGACCCAAUGCCCAAUCCUCAGUUACACAACAUUUCAGUACAAAUUUCGAGUCAGUGCCCCAGGAACACACCUGUAUCAGGCAUUUUCCGACAACGAACUCCACCGUGGCUUAUUUGGUGCCUUGAUUGUCCGACAACCUGAAAAAACUGAUCUUCAACGAAAAUACUACGAUGUAGACUCAAGAAACCACGUAGUUCUGAUUUCAGAAAGGGAUAAAAAAGUGCUAGUCAAUGGAAGAGGCCCAUCUGAAGUGGCAAAAUUCACAGUGAAGCGAAACAAACGUUACCGGUUUAGAGUGGCCUUUACUGGGGGUAAUUCUGGAUGCCCUGUGACCCUCAGCGUCGAUAAUCACCCCAUCAAAAUAAUUGCUUUGGAUGGAAAUCCUGUUUUUCCCACUGAAGUGACUUCUGUAGUUUUGGGGAAAGGCGAAAGGGUCGAUUUUGUCCUGAAAACCCACCAGAAAAUAAAAAGACAUUAUGUGAGGGUGAAGUCAUGUGUGGGCGAAGGGUUAGCCCUGUUGAAUUACGAGGGCGGGGAAACAACACAAACGAGCAAGGAACAAGAAGGGAGGAGUCUUGAUACGGCACUUUGCCAAAGCCAAAUUGGGAAAAUAUGUUUAAGUGAUUUGAAUUUUCUUGAAAAAAUGCCAGAGUCACUCAAAUCUAAUCCAAAGGUCGUAUAUUUGUCUCUCGGGUCCAAAAUCGUAAAUGUUAAUGGUAAUUUUGACUCAAGAGUUUUCGGUGUCAAUAAUUUAACGUUCACUUAUCCCUCGUCUCCCUUGUUAACCCAACUGGAUCGAGUUGUUAUGAACACCGUUUGCGACGAGAUAAAUGUGCCUGAAAAAUGUGCAGGGAAGGAAGUUUGCGAAUGUGUUCACGUGGAGCACAUUCCUCUACGAUCGGCCGCCGAAAUUGUGCUUAUUAACCAAGAUGCGAGCCAGGAGGAGCACAUUUUCCAUUUACACGGCUACCGCUUUUAUUUGGUUGGUUUUCGGCAGUUUGAAAGCACACCUUCAACCGAAGAAAUAAAACUGUUAGAUCAACAAAACGCAUUAUUUAAACGGAAUUUCAACAAUCCAGUUUUAAAAGACACUGUUCGGAUCCCAAAAAACAGCGUCGUUGCUUUAAGAUUCUUGGCGGACAAUCCUGGUUUUUGGAUGUUGAGAGAUGAAGGAUCCAGAGGUUGGACAAGGGGCUUAGAUAUUGUUUUACAAGUUGGUGAACCUAGUGAUAUGGUUUCCAGCCCCACAGAUUUCCCAACAUGUGGAAAUUACAUUGGUCCUGAUUUCUUUUUGAUGUAAGACUGUGUUUCUAACGUGAUAAUUACAAAAGAGUUUUUUUUUUCUCACUCAAGUCAUUGUACAGUAGUUUAUGUUUAAGAUUUGUGUAAUAAAAAUUCUACAAUAAAA